AUGUCGUACAACAACAUCGGACUAACGACCCCGCGAGGCUCAGGCACGUCGGGAUACGUCCAACGGAACCUGUCCCAGCCCCGGCCCUCGGACGACUACCGGGGGAAGAAGCCCAACGAGCGCUAUGCCGACGACGGAGGCCCGGGCGGAGGCCUGCGCAAGCCCGACCAGUCCAUCCUCGACCACGAGCGCAAACGAAGGGUCGAGAACAAGUGCGUCGAGCUUCAGCUCGAGCUCGAGGAAGAAGGCCUCGACGAGCAGGUCGUCGAGGAGCGUGUCGCACAACUGCGCCAGAAACUGCUCAAGGAAGACUCCCUCCUCCGUUCCUCCGGGCCCCUCAAACCCCACGAAUCCCACGAGAUUGCGGCGAUGAAGCAGAAAGAAAACGACAAGUUCAGGAGCGCGCUCCGUGUCCGUGGCACAUACGUCGAGGGUCAGGCCUUCGACCGCGAACUCCAGGCCCAGCGGAAAGCACAGGCGAUCGAGGAGCGUCAGAUGCGCGAAGCCGAGCAUGCCGCCCGGGGGAUCCAGUCACGAGGCUCCCGUGGGCGUGAGAAACCUUACGAUAAACCGCUCUGA